CGUUAUCUCCUUCUCUCGGAUUUAGCCCUAACCUAUACGGCUGCUACACCCAGAUUUCCUCAUCCUUAACAAGGAAGAAGCAAAACCCUAACUUUAUCUCUUAUACCAAUCGAGUUUCUCUUCUUCUAUCUCUCGCUCGUUUCCGUUUCUAACCUCUUGUGGAUUUCAUGAUUUCCCAUCUCGAACCCUAAUUUUUUCAAUCCACCGGGUUGCACUGUUCUUUCUUUUGGGCAAUCACUGAUUAAUGAUUUUCGAUCAAAGAUUUUGAUUUUGCCUAGAAAUCGAACCCAGAUUAACAUAUUUUUAUUUCUGUUUAUAUUUGUUUAUCCGUCGAGACUUCUAGGUGAAAUCGAGUUUGUCAGAAGAAAGCUUGUUGCUUUUAUCUCGAUCUUUGUUUCUUUUUUUCGUUGUUGAUUUUUUCUGAAUCGCGUUUGCUUGAGAGGAAGUAAGAUGGCUGGAGGUGGAAGCAAGAGAGACGAAGGAUCGAUUACGAUUCAGAGCACCAACUUGUUUGCAGCUUUGGACACUCGCAAGAAGAAGAAGAAGACGGACAAGUCAGGUAAGAGCAAAGGGUCCUCUAAGUCGUCUUCACGGCAAGAGCCUCAGAAGGAGCCUGAGCCACAGGUUUUCUGGGCACCUACGCCUUUGAAAGUUAAGUCUUGGGCUGAUAUCGAUGAUGACGAUGAUGAUGAUGACUAUUACGCAACCACUGCUCCUAUCCAGUCUGGCUGGAGCACUUCUGAAACUUCCCAUACUGAUGCAAAAGACACUCACAUUGAGGAAAGUGAGAGUGAGGAAGACAUUCUUGAUGAAGGCGAUGAUGAUGUGGACGAAGAGCACGAUCAGGAAACAGAGGUACAAGUUCAUCCAGAACCAGAGCCUGAGGUGAAGAAAGCUCCCGAAGUUCCUGCACCUCCUAAGGAGGCAGAGAGGCAACUUUCCAAGAAAGAGAGAAAGAAGAAGGAACUUGCCGAGCUAGAGGCUUUGUUAGCAGAUUUUGGAGUUGCCCCCAAAGAGAAUAAUGGCCAAGAGGACUCUCAAGAGCCUAAACAGGAGAAGAAAGAAGAUCUCAAUGGAGAGGGAGAGAAGAAAGAGAACGCAGCAGGUGGGGAGUCAAAGGCAUCAAAAAAGAAGAAAAAGAAGGAUAAACAAAAGGAGGUAAAAGAAUCUCAAGAACAAGCAGCAAACAGCAAAUCUGAUGCUGUAGACGAAGCUGCCGGGUCUGAACCGACUGAGGAAGAAUCUGCGAUGGAUGUCAAGGAAAGGCUAAAAAAGAUUGCAUCCAUGAGGAAGAAGAAAUCAAGCAAAGAGAUGGAUGCUGCAGCGAAAACUGUUGCUCAGGAGGCAGCUGCAAGACGUGCAAAGCUGGCUGCUGCAAAGAAGAAAGAGAAGAGCCACUAUAACCAACAGCCUGUGCGGUAAAUCCCCGAAUCAUUACCAUUUUGAUCUUGAUGGAAAUACGAAUAUGAGCAUGUAUUUCGCCGUAUUUUGUUCAUAUGAGUCCUCCCUGCUUUAAUAAAUCUUUUGAAGGUGUCUGGUUUUUAGAGUUAAAAGACAUUGAAUCCUUUUUUUCCUAGUCGUAUCACGAUGAACAGGCUAAAGACAAACUGGAAAGUUUCGUUUCUUUUUGAACACUUUUGUUUCUUUUGUUAAUCUCAGACCCUUUUUAGGUUUGAUGAUUUUGUGUUCUCUUCAAUUAUCUUCUUAUCUA